AUGAAGGUCUGUACCAGUAUUGGAGCUGAUGGUGAAGACAUGGUAGGCAAAAUGAUUCUCAAACCUAUCCAUGAAUUUUCUCAAGAAGACACUGAAGAAGUACACAAGGAUAAGAAAACCAUGAACCUUCUGUUUAAUGGUUUGGAUCAAGAAAUGAUUGAUAGUGUCAUCAGUUGCACAAGUGCCAAAGAAGUUUGGGAUACCAUCAGGAGCAUCUGUGAAGGAAAUGAGCAAGUAAGAGAGAACAAAAUGCAGUUGCUGAUUCAACAAUAUGAGUCAUUCCAUUUCAAGGCUGGUGAAAAUGAAGAGAUAGAAAAGAGUCAAAGGAAAGGACAUUCAUUUGUGGCUCUAGUUGCAUCUCUUGACAACUCUGUCAAGGAUAAAGGAAAAUCCCAAGUUGAAGAAACUGAGAAGUUGGGCAAAGAAGAAAGCACAGAAUCAAGCAAAGGAAAAAGAAAAGCAAAAUAUGCAACUGAUUCUGGUGAAGAAAGUGAUGGAAUUGAUGAGCACCUAGCCUUCCUGUCAAGAAGAUUCUCCAAGCUGAAAUUCAAAAAUAAUUUUAACCCUGCAAAAUCAUUUAAGGGCAAUCCCAAGCCUAACAGAAGCAUGGUAGAUAGAUCCAAGUUCAAGUGCUUCAACUGUGGAAAUGCAGGUCACUUUGCAAAUGAAUGCAGAAAGCCUAAAGUUAAGAAGAGGUCAAGUGAUGAGCGGGGUCAUCCAAUUUGGCUCGUUAUUGAUUUCCAAGAUUUCCUCAUACUCGGUUGCUAG